UACCCGGUUUCAAAUGGGUCGCGCUUAGGAUUAGACCUUCAGCCUUGUGCCCUUGUCCCUUCAUUCAUUCCUUUUCCAUACUGUCUUCCUGAGAUCUUUCACUGUCAGCCAUGUCCAACAGGGUUUGCAAGUUCUAUGCCCGUGGAGCAUGUCUGAAAGGGGACCAAUGUGAUUUUUCUCAUGAGAGAAAGGAUACUCCAGUUGAUAUUUGCACGUAUUAUAAAAAAGGAUUAUGUGCUUAUGGUAGUCGAUGCAGAUAUAAGCAUAUCAAAGCUUCUCAAGAUUCAUCUUUGGCAUCAUCUUCAUCAAAUGGACGCCAAUCUCUGGUUUCAGAUUCUGUUGUGGCUCCUAUUAUUAAAGGAACAUCUAGUUGGGUUCCAAAGGCUACAAAGUUGUCUUCAUCUGACAAGCGUGCAAGGAGUUUACAAAAUAAGCAUCAGGACUCUUCGGGGAAUGGUGGUGUUGGUGAAUCCAGUACUAGUAGCAAUAUACCAUCUAAACAUUUAUUUUGCGCUUUUGCUGCUGCUAAGUGUCCCUUAGGAGAUAAAUGUUCUCGUGUUCAUGGAAAUCAAUGUUUAUACUGUAGAAAAUACUGCUUGCAUCCUACUGAUCGAAAGGAAAAAGAAAAUCAUUUGAGGACUUGUGAGAAAAAGGAAAAAUACCUUCAGGCUUUGAAAGAUAGUCAAGAAAUAGAAUGCAAUGUUUGUCUGGAGCGUGUUCUUUCCAAACCUAAACCAUCUGAAUGUAAGUUUGGGCUGCUUCCGGAAUGCGAUCAUGCCUUCUGUUUAUCCUGCAUCCGCAAUUGGCGUAAUAGUGCCCCAACCGCUGGAAUGGACGUCAAUAAUAAUGCUAGUACAGUGAGAACCUGCCCUGUUUGCCGCAAACUAUCGUAUUUUGUGAUUCCAAGUGGUAUUUGGUAUUCUACAAAGGAAGAAAAACAGGAAAUUACUGACAACUACAAGGCAAAUUGCAAGUUGAUUGAUUGCAAGCAUUUUAACUUUGGAAAUGGGAACUGUCCAUUUGGGACUACUUGUUUCUACAAGCAUACAGUGAAGCCUGGCUCAUACAUGUGGAUACAUGACAGGCCACCUCCACAACGUAGGCCAAACAAUUUUGAUAUGUAUGACAUGUUGGAUAUGCUCAGUGAUUUUGAUUUAUCGACUGGAGAAUUUUAUUCCAUUAUGCGGGACUCAGAGUUUUUUGAUGAUAUGGAUCCAUUGGAGAUUAUGACUAUAUCAGAUACGCUGGCUAGUGGAUCAGGUCCUUGUUUUGGUCCUUUUGAUUCUGAUGAUGAGGACUUGGAUAUUUUUCAGAUAGCUGCUUUGUCCGAGGCACUGGAUUCUGGUGUGGAUGAUUUUGGCCCUGAAGAUUUUGAAAAUGAAGAAUUGAAUCCUAUGGAGGCAGCUUUGUUUUCAAUGAUGAUGCAUUCUGAUGUGGAAGAAGAAGACUCAUGAAAGACUAGAUUUACUUAUUUUCAUAUUAAAACCAUCUUUAAUAAUAUUUGAAAUAGUUUCCUUUGGAGUUAUGGCACCUAUGUUUUGUUUUAAAGAAUAUUGGCGAGGAACUUCUAGAUUCUUAUUCUAGUUUGUGAAAUGUUGAUGCCCGUCUCUAUAGCUGGUAUUGGCGAUCGUAUGCCAUUUUGUAUACUUUUACUAAAAGGAUGCUAUUGAAAGAGAUUUGGC